AUGGAUUUUGUGGAUGUUGUGGAAGUCGUCUCUGCAGUCAUACAGGAACUCAUGAAUGCCGGGCCCUAUGAAGAAUUAUACGCCAUCCACAGGGUGAUAAAUCAGGUAGAGAAGACCAUAAAAGAUCUACGGCGGAUUAAAAAUUUCCUCACCUAUGGUGAACUUAAGGAGAUGUUGGAAAAGCUUCUUGAUGCUGUUUACAAGAUGGAGUAUUUUGCUGAUAUGUUUGUCCUGCGAAGAAUGCAUGUAAAGAGAAUGGGCUUCGGUCUUCGUCAGACGUUGAAUUUGAAGGCUAAAAAAGCAGACUUUGGCAGUGAGAUGAAGAAGAUCGUAGAAGAGAUCGAUGGCGUUAUUACGUCAGUGUUGAGCAGACAAAGCCCUACAGGUGAAGAAUCAGGCGUCUCUGGCUCUGUCUUUCAACGGGACAAAGCAAAUCUGAUGGCCUGGCUAACUGACACUAAUUCCCUCCCAAAUCUUGGGUACAUCUUAAUCUCAGGAGUGAGUAGCUACGGCAAGACUAUCUUUGCAACGGAAAUAUAUACGAGUCCUGAGAGUGAACGUCAUUUUGAUUUCCGCAUAUGGGUUUCUGACUCUGUGGCCCAUGAAUGCCGGAGAAUUUUUCGGCAGAUCAAUGGCUAUUCAGAUGUUCCUAAGAAUCAUCCCCUUGAAAAAUUGGAAGAUUCGGAUCGUGCAUUCUCUGAAGAAUUGAAAGAUUUGGACCGUGCAUUCUCUGAAGAACUGAAAGAUUUGGACCGUGCAUUCUCUGAAGAAUUGAAAGAUUUGGAACGUGCAUUCUCUGAAGAAUUGAAAGAUUUGGAACGUGCAUUCUCUGAAGAAAUGAAAGAUUUGGACCGUGAAUUGUCUGAAGAAUUGAAAGAUUUGGAAGGUGAAUUCUCUGAAGAAUUGAAAGAUUUGGAAGGUGAAUUCUCUGAAGAAUUGAAAGAUUUGGACCGUGAAUUCAUCAACCUCCCGAGAAUUUUUCGGAAUGGCUUUCCAGAUGAAUUGAAAGAGGAGAUCGGUAAGAUUUUGCAUAAGAAACGGUGUCUAGUAGUGGCCGAUAAUUUGCAAAGUCCACAUGAUAUUUUCAAUACGAUACCACGUUCUGCCUUAUUAGACGAAGGUAAUGGUAGCAGGGUGAUCAUAACGACAAUGACAACGGCUGCUAGAAACGAAUACGUCAUCAAGAACUCUCUGGAUAAGAUCGAGCCGCUACCGGAUGAGGACGCAUGGAAAUUGUUCAAGAAUAAGGUAGGCAUAUCAGAUGAUGAUCAGUCCUCUGAUUUAGAUAAGCUCAAAAUAAAUUUUCUUGAGAUAUGCAAAGGCAUUUCUUCGGCAAUCCUGGUGCUUGGAGGUGUUCUGUCGAAAAAAAAGUGCUACGAAGAAUGGUUGGCAGUUCUUGAUCAGCAUUAUGCAGUUCUUGAGCAGUACUUCACGGACUCAAAAAUCCUGGAGUGGAUGAUCGAGAAUAAGGUGACGUCCGGGUCGAGGCUUUGCCUGCUUUAUUUUGGGGUUUUCCCAAAAGGAUACGAAAUUCCAGUGAGAAGGUUAUUGCGUUUAUGGAUUGCAGAGGGGUUAAUUGUAACUGAUCAUCCGAAUCCGGAGGAAAUUGCUGAAAGGAUUCUGACAAUGUUUACAUGCGAAAGGAUGAUUGAAAUAGUAAAAUGGAGAAAAGAUGGGAGUCCCAAAACAUGCCGAAUACCUGACAAUAUCCUACAUGAUAUCUUGUUGUCAAAAGCAGAAGAUAUAUUUGGCCUUCUCCACCUCCACAUCCACCCAACUACGCCAGAUACCAAAAGUAGUAGCAGUGAUCAUGCAUCUCCAUCUCCAUCUCCAUCUCCCAAGUUCAGUGUUCGCCGUGUUUCUGGCGACAUCAAAAACUAUUCCCCUAAAGAGUACUCGCACAUGCAACAACUGCGCUCUUACUUGUCCUUCAACACUCAAAACAAAGAUACGCCUGCGCUGGAAAUAGGCAACUUUCUCAGGGAAGUCAUUGGUCGUCAAGGCUUUGGAUUGCUUAGGGUGCUUGAUCUAGAGCGAGUUUACAAACCCAAACUGCCUGAGAAUCUGGGGAAACUCUCUCUCUUAAGGUACUUGGGUUUAAGAUGGACCUUCUUGGAUACCCUUCCCCACUCUGUUAGUGAGCUUUCCUACCUUGAAACCUUGGAUGUGAAGCACACCUAUAUCAGCUCUCUACCCAAUUCUAUUUGGAAGUUCCAAUACCUGCGGCAUCUGUGUCUUAAUGAAAUACGUCUUGACAUGCCGCCUUUGAAGAAACAAGGUAUUUCUCUUACUGGGCUCUAUACAUUAUGGGGAUUAUUUAUGGACAACAAGAGUCCAGUGGUGGGUGGUUUGGAUGGAUUAAUCAAUCUCCAGAAACUGGGUCUAACAUUUCAUUUAGACUCCAUUAAAGACGGCAAUAAAAAAAAAAAGAACUCCCAAGACGGCGAAGAAAAAAAAAUAGAAGAUUCCAUUAAAGACCCCUUUGAAGUCUUAAAUGAGUGGAUUGCAAGUUUGAAACAACUAAGAUAUCUGAGAUUAAGAUCCAUAAACGAGUUUGGUCAACCUUCGGAACUCAAAUUAAGGCCUCUAUCACGCCUUAAAUAUCUCCAUAGCUUGUAUUUGCUUGGAAACUUACCGGAGCUACAUGAUGAGUGCUUUCCAUGCGGUAUUAAAGUUCUUACUUUAUCGGUAUCAAAGCUGAAGAAAGAUCCCAUGCCAAUUCUUGCGAAGCUGCCAAACCUUUCUGUCCUUCGGCUAUUGGCCGAUUCCUAUGUUGGGAAGGAUAUGGUGUGCCCGAAUGGCGGCUUCCAAUCACUUACAAAUCUGAAGCUCUGGAUGCUAAAGAAAUUGGAUACCUGGAGGGUGGAGGAAGGAGCAAUGCCGAAUCUCAAAGAAUUGGAAAUCCGAUGCUGUCACGAGCUGAAGGAACUUCCGGACAAAUUGCUAAAUCCGAGCAGCAUUAAGAAAAUAAUUUUAACGAACAUGCAAGAGGAAUUUGUCGCUAAUGUUGGAGCCAAAAUUCCCAAGGAAAUCCUUGAAAUUCAGCAGCCAUUGCGAGUGCGAUGUCAGUACUGUCGGCAUGAUGUGAAGCAGGUUUGACGCUAGUAUGGCCACUCAUCACUCAAGGAGCUGCCACCUGAACACCAAAUUAAUGCUAAUUGUUGUUUUAUGUUGUUUCCAUUAAGGUUGCUAUGUUAUUGUUCUUCCUUUUGUUGUCGCUGCAGCUGCUGUGUUGCCGUGGCUUUUAAGACAGCACUGAUUGUAUCAUGUUGGAUACAAUAAUUGUUUGUUUGAUUUGUUUCGUGUGCUUGUA